AAGCCCUCUGACCUGAUGAUCGUCAGCCACAUGGCCGAUUCAGCGGCGGCUUUAGCGGCUGCGUCCCAACUGCCUUCCAUGCUUCCGGUUCCGACGUCCUGCACCGGAGCCGUCAAUCCGGCAGUCAGUCCCAGCCCCAUGCUGCCGUCCUUCGGCUUCACACAAGAACAGGUGGCAUGUGUCUGUGAGGUCCUGCAGCAGUCCGGCCACAUCGAAAGGCUAGGAAGGUUCUUAUGGUCACUUCCAGCCUGCGAACAUCUCCAGAAGAACGAGAGUGUCUUGAAGGCAAAAUCCUUGGUGGCAUUCCACCGCGGCAAUUUCAAGGAACUAUAUCGAAUCCUCGAGAGUCAUAACUUUUCCCCGGCUUCACAUCCGAAACUGCAGGCUCUCUGGCUGAAGGCACAUUACAUCGAGGCAGAGAGGUUGAGAGGCAGGCCUCUAGGGGCUGUUGGCAAAUAUAGGAUCAGAAGAAAGUUCCCUUUGCCGAGAACGAUAUGGGAUGGGGAAGAGACUAGUUAUUGCUUUAAAGAAAAAUCAAGGAACAUUUUAAGGGAGUGGUACGCCCACAACCCAUAUCCAUCACCCCGCGAAAAAAGAGAACUGGCUGAAGGUACAGGACUCACGACAACACAAGUUAGCAAUUGGUUCAAGAACCGGAGGCAGAGAGACCGCGCAGCAGAAGCCAAAGACAGGGAACCUGGCGACAAACCAAAAACCCCAAACUCAACCGGAAGUACGAAGCAGGACAGGAGUAGUCCGCUGGACUCCAAGAGCGACCGCGGGCCGGCCUCCUCCGAAAACAACCACCACCACAGCGGCGGACAGCACGGAGGACACCACCACCCCCUCAGCCUCGACUCGGACACCGCUCCCAUGGGCUGCUGCAGCAGCGACAGCUCCAACGGCAUGUUCAGCGGCUCCGAGCUCCCCAAGCUCAGCCCGGGAGCUCAUACGGGCGGUGCAGGAGGCGGGCUGCUAUCCGCGGGAGCUUCGGCUCCUGGUUCCGGCGGCGGACACUCGGCUGCCGCGCUCGCCGCCGCGGCAGCGGCCGGCUUCCGGCUCGGCCCCAUGGGAGAGCUAUCCGCCUCGGGGCUGCCGAAUAACCUCCUCUCACACCACCUUGGAGACUUGGGGCUGGGUUUGGCGGCCGGGGACUACCACCCAGCCCUUAUGACAACAAACUUCCGGUGGCGGAGGGGCGUUGGCGAGCCACCAUGCCAACGCAGUGACCACUGCUGCCGGUGGGUACCAAUCCGAUGUGCGUGA